UAAGGUUACCAUUAAGGUUAUGGAUAAUUAAGGUUAUCCAUAAAGGUUGCCUUUAUGGAUGUUCUGGUACCCAUACAGACAUGAGAUAAGAACUGGCUUCACCCUCCUUCACAAACAAUAGGUUACUUAAAUCAGUUCUAUGUCUUCAGCUGAUAAGAGCUUGCAUUAUUGUCUUCUCAUCGCCGCCCACAAGGACGGGUGUUGGUGUACAAAUAUAUGCCGUAGUUUCAACUUGCCAACAUCCAAAAUGUGUGAUAUGAGCUUUUGGAGGAUGUGUGGAGGAGAACAAAAGUGAAAGAUACAAGAAUAAACUAGAAAUGAGUUGAGUUUAAUUUCUGGAACCAAAAAGGACGUCCCCGUUUUCGUUGGAGAAAUGUUGGAGGGUAUGGAAUAGGGCGUCCCUAUUUUCGGAUAAAUGUUGGGGCGGGGGUGUACUUCAAGUAAGAAAACGAUUGCUCAGCUGAGCAAUUUGUGACUGUGAAUGUUAAAAAUCCAGCAAUGGAGAAUUUCUGUGGUGUCCCCCUUUCCCUUGAUGGCCCUAAGCACGUGCUUAUUUUUCUCAGUCGUUAAUCCAGCCUUGCCAGUGGCUCCCAGCAAACUCUGCUUAAGUUAUAGCUGUGGGAAAUUCAGACGAGGUAAGCAUGAGCUUACUAACUCAAAGCAAACUAGUAACUGCUCCUCCAAAAAAUGUAUGUGAAGCCAGAUAGACUAAUGCUUUUCCUUGACGUCAAAGUGAUCUGAAAGUUCACACCCAUGUUAGACCUGGUUUGCUUUCUCUUGUUAUCAUAAAACAAUUCCACCUUUGUUGGCUCAAAACAGUCCUGCUGGAAGCCAGAAGCUUCAGUACCCAGCCGUGUCAAAAUCUCUCUUCCUUCCUUCCCCACCUUCUCUGACUGGCUAUAGUUUCCUGUUCGAGCGGCAAGCCACAUGCAAACCCUGCUGGCAUCAUGGCAAGAUGCAGCGCUGUUUCGUGGAUACAACUCAUCUGCUUCUCCAGCGUGCUUUGCAAAGGAGUUGUGUCCUUGGAUCAUGUACCAAUGCUGCUCUGGUCGACACACAGAUCCUUCCAAGACUUGGCAACCACUUUACAUGAAGGGCACGUUAUCUCAAAGCAGGAGCUGCAUGCAUUGCUGAAGCAAGCUCUGGCUUCUCCAGACCCCAGAAACGUCGCCUUGUUUCUUCAAGAUGCGCUUAGUGUGGAUGACUUCACACGUUACGCCAGCUCCUCUGGAAAUGAGACACCGUUUCGCAAUGUUCAGGAACUUCUGAGGACUUCAUCAUCUUCUUUAGUCUUGCCAGCUGUGGACUGCCAGGCCGUGAGUCACCUUUCAGGGUACCUCCAAGAAACGCUGAAUUGGGCCUUGGUAAAUGUAGACGGCAAAGAAACAUCCCAGCUGAUGGUUAAUGGAUCCAAACCCAAUGUGUUUGUGAUAAAGCUACCACUGACCAGCAGGACAAAUGACCUAUCCACUCAAAAGGAGCUCCUGGAAAAUGACAAAAUAAUUGGAGAGUAUACUAAGUCUUUGCAGCAACAAGGAAUUGAGUCUGUGGCCAUUUAUACAGCAAGGCGACCUUCAAAGGUACCAGUGGGACCUGAUGUAGAAUGGCAGAGCAGAAGGCACCUAAUGUCUGUUGAAAAACAAGAAGCUAACCUGUAUGCCCCAAUAAAUAUAACCAAUGGAACAGGCCCCAAUGCCACGUGCAUCCUUUUUUAUGCCACAGAUUUAAACUUUACAGCCGAUGGCACUGUCAUGAAUCUAACCCAUCGCACAUUUGAAUCUCAUGAAGUGGAUACCAGCAAUUCCACUUGUUCGGGGACCAAUGCCACGUUGUCGUUAAAAUACACCAACCCAGUGAAGGGCAUUGAGAGUCUGGAAAUCAGUUUUUUGAUGUCCAACAAGAAGUACGUAGGCUCUGCUCGAGAGUGGUUCACUUUAGAUUUUGUUCACAUUCAACAAGACAACAAGGAAACGGCUAUAUUUACUGCCCCUUCCAUCUCUGGUCCUGCGGAGUAUUCAUUCCAUUGCCAGCUGGUGGGAACAAGCGACCAUUAUGGGGCAACGUUGACUCCCAGCAAUACUGCAGCGAAAGAGUGGCAGGUUGUCAUCUCUGAGUUCCAGAUUCAAGCGUUUACCGUUGAAGGCCACAAAUUUUCCUAUGCCAGUGACUGCACAACCUUCUUCACCCCUGGAAUUUGGAUGGGUUUGGUGUCCUCGCUAGUCUUAUUACUGAUCCUGACCUUUGGGAUCCACAUGAUUGUGAACCUCACAACCAACAAUAGGUUUGAUGACCCCAAAGAUCAACCUCUGUCAGUCCCGCAAGGAGAAUAGCAGAUGUGACAUUUGUCACAUGGUUGGGCCCUGCUGCACAAGCCAUCUUCAUCACCACCACCAUCAUCAUAGCCAGCUGCAGGGCAUCCAAACUGGAUCAGGUCCAUGGUAUGAUGGGGGUGCUACUCUAAUCCUUCUCUCCAUUGUAUUGAUGGACAUCCUUUCCGUCUCCUUCCCAUGGGAGAAAAGUUCCAGUAGCAUCAAACUGGAGAUUUUCUCCCAUUGUGAAUAGCAGGUGAGAGCCCCCAAAUCUGAUCAGACCACAGCAUGGGGCAGAGGGAAAGGAUUAAAGGCCUACCCUUCUUCGAAUCAUAGAACUGUAGAGUUGGAAGUGACCCACAGGGUCAUCUAGUCCAACCCUCUGCAAUGCAGGAAUCCUGCUCACACCCAUUCCUGGGUGAGCUCAAACCACCAAACUUCUUGUUAACAGAUGCACUGACCCUCGACACCUCAGGAGAGCUCUGUCAUCGCUGCAACCCAGCUAAGCCCUCCUACACCAGCUAAUUGCACACGGGGGCUAACCAUGUGCAACAUCUCAGUAUCAUACCACAUUAAACAGUCAUGGCUUCCGCUAAAUAAUACUGAGGGGUGUACAGUCAUACCUUGGUUCUCAAACAGAAUCCAUUUCGGAAGUCCGUUCGAUUUCUGAAAACAUUCAAACACCGAGGCACGGCUUCCGAUUCGCUGCAGGAGCUUCCUGCACUCAGUCAGAAGCUGUGUUGGACGUUUGGCUUCUGAAAAACGUUCACAAACUGGAACACAUCUGGGUUUGCGGUGUUCGGGGGCUAAAACUAUUGAGUACCAAGGCGUUUGAGAACCAAGGUACGGCUGUAGUUUGUAAAGGGUGCUGAGAGUUCUUAGGUGACCCCUAUUUGCCUCAGAGGGCUACAAUUCUCAGAGUGGUUAAACAGUCAAUCCCUCUUCCCAGGGCAUUCUGGGAAUUGUACCCCAGAAUCAAUUUUCAGCACCCAUAACAAUUCCUAGGACUCUGUGGGGGAAGCCAUGGCUGUUUAAUGUGGUCUAAUCUGUUUAACAGAGACACAGGUGGUGCUGUGGUUUAAACCACCGAGCCUCUUGGGCUUGCCGAUCGGAAGGUUGGCGGUUCGAAUCUGCGCAACGGGGUGAGCUCCCAUUGCUUUGUCCCAGCUUCUGCCAACCUAGCAGUCUGAAAGCACGCCAGUGCAAGUAGAUAAAUAGGUACCGCUGCAGCCGGAAGGUAAACAGCAUUUCUGUGCGCUCUGGCUUCCCUCACGUUGUCUCGUUGCGCCAGAAGCGGUUUAGUCAUGCUGGCCACAUGACCCAGAAAAGCUGUUUGCAGACAAACGCUGGCUCCCUCGGCCUGAAAGCGAGAUGAGCGCUACAACCCCAUAGUUGCCUUUGACUGGACUUAACCGUCCAGGGUGCCUUUACCUUAAUGUGAUAUGAGACUGCUUUAAAUGCAUAGUGCAUGUACUUAGGAGAACUGUGAACUUCAGCUGUAUUAAUGCAGCAGGAAGCAUCAACAUAAUCAAUAAAAGGUGUAAGCUUUUGUGGCAAUGAAAUCUUUUCCUAAAAACAGGAGGCUGCUGGCAGCUGUGUUUAUUCUGUCAGCUGUUCAUUACUUUUUUUUUAAUCACUGCUUAAAUGAAAGCCCUCAGGUAAAGCAGAAACCAGUCGCAGAUGUUGCCAGCCUUUAAGAAGACUGGUAGGUGGUACCAGGAGCUUCACAAAUGAUUAAAAAAACAAAAUACUAUUUUGGAUACAGUUUGUUAAAUAAAGCUUCAUUAAGAAAUUCCAUAUCCUUGAGACAUUUUUAAAGGUGGGAUAAAAAUGUUUCGAUAAAUAGGGAAGACUUUUUAAAAUAAAAAAAACCAGGCAUUACCUACAUCAGAUAAAGUACAGGGAAAUGAUUCUCAGAUUAAACAAACAAAGGAACGGACAAUAUUGCCUAGUUUGGCUCUAAGAGAAUAGAAUUAGAUGCUAUGCAUCUACUGGGACACGGGUGGCGCUGUGGGUUAAACCACAGAGCCUAGGAUUUGCCAAUCAGAAGGUUGGUGGUUUGAAUCCCCGUGACGGGGUGAGCUCCCAUUGCUCGGUCCCAGCUCCUGCCAACCUAGCAGUUUGAAAGCACGUCAAAGUGCAAGUAGAUAAAUAGGUACUGCUCCAGCGGGAAGGUAAACGGUGUUUCCGUGCGCUGCUCUGGUUUGCCAGAAGCAGCUUAGUCAUGCUGGCCACAUGACCUGGAAGCUGUACGCCGGCUCCCUCAGCCAAUAAAGCGAGAUUAGUGCCACAACCCCAGAGUCGGCCACGACUGGACCUAAUGGUCAGGGGUCCCUUUACCUUUACCUUUAUGCAUCUACUAAACGGCUUGUGCGUGAGAAAGUUGGUCAUACACUACACCCACCCACUCAAUUAUUAUAAAGAAUAAACUACACAUUGC